GCCGGGAGUGCCUCGACCCUGGUACACGUUAUGCAUAGCAAUCUGUCGAACAGCUGACUUUAAUGCGACGAGCACCAGCGUAUAAAUACGGAUGCGUGGCGUAAUCUUGUUGUAUUUUGAAAGCUGUCGAGAGUGGAGAAGUCAGCUACUCAGAAUAAGUGCAUCCUUCAUGGUUGAUACAAUGUUAUACAGGGCCGUUCUUGCAAUUUCACUUGUCGCAGUGUGGGCAUCAGCUGCACGGGGAUUUGACAACUCGUACAUGCUAUUAUCGCCGCGCACAGUGCGCUUAGGCCUGCCGUAUGAGAUCAGUGUCUCUGUAAUGCCCAAGUUGAAGGCACCGGUUCACAUUCGGGCUGAAAUACUUCAAGAGAAUAUAACCAUAGCCAUGGCAUCGGGCGAUUUCAGAGCAGGACAACCAGGGAAGUUAACAUUGCAGGUGCCACGGGACGUAAAGCCUAUCAGAAUAUAUAGGUACUACACCUACUACGGGAACUUUAAGCUCAAAGUGGAAGGCAGGGGUGGAGUUCAAUUUAAAAACGAAACAUGGCUGAGUAUGAGUCAAAAGAGCCUCUCUGCCUUCAUCCAGACGGAUAAAGCCAUAUACAAACCUGGACAAACAGUUCGCUUCAGAGCGUUUGCUACGGGCCCUGAUCUGAAACCACUGCUGUCUCCUAUCACUGUUGAAAUAUUUGACACAAAAGGUAACAAAGUUAAGCAACUGAAGGACGUUCAAGAACCUAGCGGCAUUGUCGCCGGGGAGUUGGCUUUACCAACAGAACCUGUCUUGGGGAAUUGGAGGAUCAAAGCAACAGUUCUGGGUGAAAGCACCGAGAAAAACUUUGAAAUCAAGGAAUAUGUUUUGCCUAAGUUUGAAGUGACUCCGUCCCUGCAGUCAAUUAUCUUGAAGACAGAUACCACAUUUACCGGGAAAGUGACGGCCAAGUAUACCUACGGCAAACCGGUGCAAGGCACGGUCACCAUCAGGGCAGUGCCAACAUGCUGUAAGAUAUGGGACUACAAGGGAAGGAUUGGCGUGGAACAAGACUUGUCGUUGGACCCGGUCACAGGGGAGGCCCCCUUCACCAUUACAAUAGCUGACCUGAAGAAUGGUCAUAGCUCCUUGCAGGGCGUUAAGAUAGAAGCAAACGUCACCGAAACCCUGACUGGAAUCACUCUGUCUGGUGAAACAUCACAGCAAUUUGUGGACAGUCCUUACAAGAUAGAAUGGCUGCUGAACUCGCCAAGCUCUUUCAAGCCAGGGUUGCCGUACAAGGGAUACGUAAAAGUGGAGUACCAGGACGGCAUGCCACUUGGACGAACCGGAAUCCUUAACAUCAGCACAACUAUCCAGUAUAAGAACCCCUGGCCCGUGUACAUCAAUGCGUUCCUCACCAAAUUAGGCGGGAAUUACAUCUUCCCAAUCCCUGAGGAUGGUCUUGUGGAGGUGACGCUAACACCACCUAGCGAGGCUACGCAAUUCAAUAUGUUGGCAAACUAUGAAGACGGCUACGGCAUCAAGUCGGUCAGUCGAAUGUACUCCCCGAGCGAAAACUAUAUGCAGUUGAAAGUGGUUGCGGAGGCAGAAACUGUAGCCGUUGCGGGUACAACAGCUACGUUCCAGGUGACCACUACAGAGCCAGUGAGCAAGAUCUUCUACCAGAUCCUUGGCCGAGGAGAGAUAGAAGCUUCCGGCAGAGUAACACUGAGCUCAGAUAACACAUUCGAUGUGGUGCUGACCCCCAAUAUGGGCCCCCAAGCCGAUAUGGUUGCAUAUUACGUACGGCAGGACGGAGAGAUCGUCAAUGAUGGCAUCACAUUCAUGGUUGACGGUGCUAUUCAGAACGCUGUCACCUUGAAAGUGUCCAAGAAUGAGACAGAGCCAGGGACCAAUGUGGACGUGGAGGUGACCGCUGACCCGGACUCUACUGUAUGUCUAUUGGCCGUAGACCAGAGCGUGCUGUUACUGAGGAGCGGAAAUGACGUCACCAAAGACAACGUUUUAAGGGAGAUAAGCCUAUAUGGCGGUAGACCAACAUAUUAUCCAUACUAUAGGUGGUGGCCUUCCAUCAUCUCUGGCACGGACGCUGAGGAUAUCUUUAGGAACGCCGGUCUUGUGUAUCUGACGGAUUUCUUGGUUUACCAACACCAACAAACAUAUUACUACUCUUCAAGAAUGUCAUCAAUCAGUGGGCCUAGCCUCGCGGUUCCAGAUUCAGUCGAUAGUGACGUAGCAGAGAGUUUGCAAGACGUGGGCAGAGUUCGAACCCUGUUCCCUGAAACAUGGCUGUGGAACAACAUAACCACAACAUCCUCUGCCCCAGUGACCAUAUCAGAUACCGUCCCUGAUACCAUCACUUCUUGGGUGGCCAGUGCCUUCGCUGUCAACCCCAACACUGGGCUUGGAGUAGUUGAGCAACCGACCAAACUAAGAGUAUUCAAAAGCUUCUUUGUGUACAUCAACCUGCCAUAUUCUGUCACGAGAGGAGAAAUAGUCAUCAUUCAGCCUAUAGUGUUCAACUAUCUAACACAGGAUAUGAUGGUAACCGUGACCUUGAAAAAUAAUGGGGGAUUCCAGAGCCAAAUCCGUGACGCCAGUGGAAAACUCACUACGACUGCAGUGGAUCAGGUGGAACAUGUCUUGGUAAAGGCCAACACCGGCAAGUCUGUAUUCUUCCCUGUGAUUCCCACGAGUCUUGGCAAGAUAGACGUGGAGGUGCACGCCCAGGCCAGCAUGGCCGCCGAUGGAGUCAGGAGACAGCUCUUAGUGGAGCCCGAAGGGGAUCCGCGGGAGUCGAACAUAGCACGGAUGAUAGUGAAAGAAGCCAAUGCACUUUACAGCGAGAACAUACCCAUUGUCUUGCCGGAGAAUGUGGUACCAGAUACCGCCAGACUGUCUGUCUCGGUUAUAGGCGAUCUAAUUGGCAACAUAGUGGGCAACCUGGACAACCUGAUCCGUCUUCCUACCGGAUGCGGCGAGCAGACGGUGUCUGCCCUGGCCCUGGACGUUUAUGUCGCCAAGUACCUGAAGGCAGUGGGGCUGUUGACAGGAGAGAAGAAGGAAAUGUUGUUAGGAUUCAUAGAGAAAGGGAUACUAAGUGAGAUGAAAUUUCAAAAUAAUGAUGGUUCCUUCGGAUUUUGGGGAGAGACUGGAAGCACAUGGGUGACAGCUUAUGUUAUGAAAAUUAUCCACCUGGCCAAGGAAUUCGUUUAUGUUGAUGGCGAAGUUCUCCGUAAAGGUCUAGGCUACCUAAUCGGCAAACAGGACCCGUUAGGAUCUUUCCCAGAGAUUGGCAAUAUUUACAACACAUAUUUGCAGGGAGGAUCUGGCAGAAAUAUUCCUCUUACUGCUUUCGUCCUUAUCGCUCUGAAAGAAAAUGACGAUCUGGUUAACGCUAAUUGGUUGGAAUUUCAUGCUGCUAUGGACAGUGCUGUCAGGUAUCUGGAAUCUCAGAUCGACUCCCUGAAUACUUCCUAUCCGCUUGCCAUCGUUUCCUACGCGCUACAUCUGGCAGAGAGCCCAAGGGCAGGGGAGGCUUGGACUAAACUCCACGCACUGGCCACCGUUGAAGGUGGGCUGAAGUACUGGCAGAUCAGCGACACUCCCCGCUGUCGAUACCGCUACUGUUAUAACCCGCCCACACAGGAGGUGGAGACGGCCGCUUAUGCCCUCAUGGUCCACAGCCUGAAGAACGAAUCCAAUGCAGGGAUUCCUAUCCUGAAAUGGCUGGUGACGGAGCAGAACUCUUACGGUGGUUUUGGUUCCACUCAGGUAAGGGAUGGUCCAUGCUGUGAACGACUAAGAGUAUUCAAAAGCUUCUUUGUAUACAUCAACCUGCCGUAUUCUGUCACGAGAGGAGAAAUAGUCAUCAUUCAGCCUAUAGUGUUCAACUAUCUAAUACAGGAUAUGAUGGUAACCGUGACCUUAAAAAAUAAUGGGGGAUUCCAGAGCCAAAUCCGCGACGCCAGUGGAAAACUCACUACGACUGCAGUGGAUCAGGUGGAACAUGUCUUGGUAAAGGCCAACACCGGCAAGUCUUUAUUCUUCCCUGUGAUUCCGACGAGUCUUGGUAAGAUAGACGUGGAGGUGCACGCCCAGGCCAGCAUGGCCGCCGAUGGUGUCAGGAGACAGCUGUUAGUGGAGCCCGAAGGGGAUCCGCGGGAGUCGAACAUAGCACGGAUGAUAGUGAAAGAAGCCAAUGCACUUUACAGCGAGAACAUACCCAUUGUCUUGCCGGAGAAUGUGGUACCAGAUACCGCCAGACUGUCUGUCUCGGUUAUAGGCGAUCUAAUUGGCAACAUAGUAGGCAACCUGGACAACCUGAUCCGUCUUCCUACCGGAUGCGGCGAGCAGACGGUGUCUGCCCUGGCACUGGACGUUUAUGUCGCCAAGUACCUAAAGGCAGUGGGGCUGUUGACAGGAGAGAAGAAGGACAUGUUGUUAGGAUUCAUAGAGAAAGGGAUACUUAGUGAGAUGAAAUUUCAAAAUAAUGAUGGCUCCUUCGGAUUUUGGGGGGAAACUGGAAGCACGUGGUAA